ACGAGCUGGCCGAGGCCGAGGCGAUGACGCCCGAGGCCGUCAGGGACCUGGUCCUGGCGCACGAGCGGCUGCGCCGCCUGACCCUGGACCUCACCGACUUCUUCGCCACCAACCUGACGCACCUCUUGGUCUGCCCGUUCUGCAACUCGCUGGUUGCCACCGUCGAGCUGGUGAGCGCCGGCAACGCCGUGAGCGUCCACACGAUCGGCCUCCUGCUGCCCGUGGUGGUCAUCUUCCUGCAGCUCUCGUACUUCAGCCAGGAGCUGUCGGACGCCAGCCUGGCCCUGCAGUGGUCCGCCUUCCGGCUCGCCACGGGCGGCGGCGUGGCGCUGGCCGAGGUCCGCGCGCUCCGCCUGGUGAUGCUGGCCGCUGGCAGGCAGCCGGCCCUCAGCUGCAAGGGGCUGGGCCGGCUCAGCCUCGAGGCGGCCAGGUUGGCCUUCCGACAAUUCUACUCGACCGUCAACGUGCUGCGUUCGCGAGACUAAUUUUUUAGCUUUUAAGCUAAAUCUUUCGCUGCUGAGCUAAUUCUUUUUAACUCUACAGCCCGUUCUCAGCUGAUGGUUUACCUAUAGAGCUAAUCUUUUCAUUCGGCGCUGUUCUGUGAUCGAGAGAAACCACACCCCUCCUACUUACCGUCCUC